CACUGUUCUAAGCUUCAGUUCCUCUUCACACGUGUAAAGCAAACGGACAGCGCCAGGAUGGUCAAGUUUCGAGCUUUCAUACGCAAAUAUGCAGGAUCCGACCCUCGGGUUUCUGAACACUGCAAGGGGGAGAAGGAGCCGGGUUCUUCUCUGGGUGAAUACAGUCGCAUGUGGCGCUCAGUUUGCAAGAAAUGGAUCCUAGAAAGUUUGGACGAGAAGGAAGGCGAGGUCACUCCCGUCUACGUCCUUUACAAUGCCUACUUGAAGGAUAAUCCCCAGCACUACCUGGAUAUAGCCCAGUUUGGAAAGAUUUUGAAGUCAAGAUUCCCAAACAGAAAGUGUCGCCGGGGCAAGCAGGGAGCCCAGAUCUACGUCUACAAGAAUGUGAUCAUCAAGCCCAAAGCAGCAAAUACGGUCAGUCAAGAAGCCAAGAAGGGAUACAAACCAAAGGCCAAGGCAUCAGACGACUCUCCUGACAUAGAUGACUGGCUUUUGAAUGGUAGCCAGUCCAUUGCUGAUGAUCCCCUUGGACAGUUAGGCGUAACAUCAGAGUCGUCGAGUUCGAAAAUACUGCCACCAGUCGACUUUUUGCUGCUGUAGCCCGGAGGAAGUUGUUGUUAUCAAGUAAUCCUUAUGCAUACAGCAACUAUGAAACCAUCAACAACCACGAAAAGUCAAAGACAGAUGUACUGUGUGAUCUGGAAGUUCAGCAUCAUAACAAAGAAGAGGAUGA